CAUGGAGGAGGAGGUGGAGGUGGACGUUGAAGGGGACGACGGUGAUGGAGUUGUAAGAGAGGUAAACUCGGAAAAGCUGGUCCAGGAGCAACUGGUGCAGCAGAGCGGCUCCUGGAUCCUGCCCUGGGAGCUGGAUACCUCCAUCAGCGCUGAGAACAGAGAGGUGAUAGAAAACAUGCUGCUGGAGGAACAGUAUCUUCUGACUGACGUUCACACAGAGACCUGCAUCCUCGACAGACUGCAGGAGGAAGUGCUACCCCCCUCUGUGACACACGAAUCCACUGUGACCACUGUAAUCCAGAGUGAGACGCUUUCUGACGACGAGGAAGUGGACAUCAUUGAGACUCCAAGUGAUGCGGGUGAGGGAGAUGAUGACGGUUCUCAGUUUGGAGCCGUGCCCACCACCGAUGAGCCAAAAGAGAAAACAAAGUCUCAAAGCCGCCCCGCUGAAGAAGACCUGAUGAGUCUGAAUGGAGCAGAGGGCAUAAAUAGGACAAAGGUCCAGCUCAGCCACAACUCUGUCCCGUCUCAAAGUCUUCAACCCUCAACAUCCUUAGCUCACUCAGAGGAAACUGGUGAAAAGGAAGAAGAUAAAGUCAACAAGACAGAGUUUGAUUUUCAAGAAAGGCCGGAGAUGCAACUUCAGGCAGAGUCAAAACAAAAGACUGAAGAUGAGUUUCAGAACUCAAACGACAAUAUUUCAGGACAAGCUGAUCAGCUGCAAGAUUCCUGCUCUGCUGGAACAGAAAAAAGCCAAGAUCAGGAUAAGGAGGAAAAGGAAGAUGAAGAGACUGAACUGCGAGCCCCUGAGCAGGAAUUGAAGAUGGACUUGGAGACCAUCACAGAGGAUGAGAAGCAAACCAUCCCUGAAUUCUUUGAAGGACGACCUUCCAAAACUCCUGAGAGAUAUAUGAAAAUUAGAAACUAUAUCAUCGAACAGUGGCUAAAGAGAAAACCCAUGUACCUCAACAAGACAGCGGUACGGCCAGGUCUGAAAAACUGUGGCGACGUCAACUGCAUUGGAAAAAUCCACACCUACCUUGAACUCAUCGGGGCCAUAAACUUCAGCUGUGAGCAAGCUGUGUACAAUCGCCCGAAGUCGGUGGAUGUCUCCAAGCACAAGAAGAGCAAAGAUGUUUUUGAGGCCUAUCAGCUGCAGAGCUCGCGAACCAGGAAGAGACGUGUGCGAGAUGGCUGGGGAAACUGGUGUGAUGCUAAAGACUUGGAGGGACAGACGUUCGAGCAUCUCAGCCCUGAGGAACUGGCUCUCCGGAGGGAGGAAAUGAUUAAGUGUCAGCCUAAGCUUAACAAGAUGUCCAGAUACCAAGGAUCAGUCGAUCCUUUCCAACUGAUACCUUGCAGAACUUUUGAAGAGGAUGUGCCGGAACCAUUUCAGGUUGUCGUUUGUGCGGAGACUCUUCUCAUCAUGGAUAUGCACGCCCAUGUGUCUCAAAGUGAAGUUAUUGGCUUGCUUGGUGGAACUUUCAGCGAGGAUGAAAAUGUCCUAAAGGUCUGUGCUGCAGAGCCUUGCAACAGUGUGAGCACAGGCCUGCAGUGCGAGAUGGACCCGGUGUCUCAGACACAGGCCUGCGACAUGUUGGCGUCCCUGGGCUUCAGCGUUGUAGGCUGGUACCACUCACAUCCCUCCUUCCAUCCCAACCCAUCUGUUCGGGACAUCAACACGCAGGACCAGUUUCAGAGUUACUUCUCACGUGGUGGAGCUCCCUUUAUUGGAAUGAUUGUGAGUCCGUAUGACCGAGCCAACUCGUCCCCUCACUCGCAAACCACUUGCUUGUUUGUAAGGGAAAGUGAGGAGCCUUCAGGACCCCUGAAGAAACUGCCCUACAGAUUCAACUUCCUGCCAUCACAAGACAUCCCAGACUGGGAGCAGAUGAUGAGAAGGGCCCAGUGGAUCAUCCACAAAUACGCUAAAGCACCCAGGAGUGUGAAAAUGAACAAAUUAUUCCGUCAAGACUCCCAUCUCACCUGUUUGGAGAAGAUGCUCUCAUCGCUGCGAAGAUAUAUGAAACCACUACCUGAACAAGAGGGAGACCUCUUCCUCGCCCAGAUUCAGAUCCUUUUUCAGACAGACUUUAUUUCCAAGCAGCAAUCUUUAAACCAAGAAGAGGAUGAUUCUCUGAAGACUUCUUCCAAGCCAGUGGACUUGGAUGACCUCCCUCUAGAUCGGGUGAUCAGCCAGGAGAGGUCUCGGGAUGAAGGAGCGGACUCCAAGACCAACAGCGAUACAGUGUUACAUCUCGGCUCAGUGCUUCCUAAAGAACAUAAAUUACUGUGAGAAACCAUGUACUUGACUCUCUUUUGGGACUACAGUGCAUCUUGAAAGUAUUCACAGCACUUUACUUUUUCUACAUUGUUUUCCACAUUGUUCCACUUGCAGCCUAUCAAAAUAGCAAGCUUUUUUUUUUUUUUUAAUUUACAGUGAAAUCCAAAAUGGAUAAAAGAAACAAAAAUGUUAAUGUACUGUGAAUACUAUCCGGAUGCUUUGUGUGGUCUGGUUUUUGAUAUUUGGUUGACGAUUUUGUAAAAAAAAAAAAAGAAAAAGUAUUUUGUACAGUUACUAUUUUCUGUUAUUCAACAGU